CUAUAUGUCAUUAGCAGCCUCCGGAGCUUAUAGCCAUCGCACUCUAUAAAAGCUAACUAAGUCCCUUACCCUCUCUUGUAUGCUUAUGAGAUUUAUAUAGAUCGACCAAGAUAACCCAGAUAAAAAUAAAAAGAUUUCCUGGAUACCAAAUUGAUCCACUCGUUUCCGAUGGCCGAGAAUUUCGUCGUUCCGACCAGAAUGAAGGCAUGGGUGUAUCGUGAGCAUGGAGACGUCGCCACCGUGUUGCGAUUGGACCCGGAACUCGAGGUCCCCAAAGUGCGAGAAGGCCAGGUGCUCGUUAAAGUCGUCGCCGCCGCGCUCAAUCCAAUCGACACCUUGAGAGUGAACGGGGUUUACCAGCUCCCGGGCUUUGCUUUACCGGCCGUGCCAGGCUACGAUCUCGCAGGCAUUGUGGUGAAGGUGGGUCGCGAAGUGAAGGAGCUCAAGGUUGGGGACGAGGUAUAUGGAUGUAUGUUGAAUGCCAAUAAAGACGGGACGCUGGCCGAGUACACGGUCGAGGAAGAGUCAUUCUUGGCUUUGAAGCCCAAGAAGCUGAGUUUUGAGGAGGCCGCUUCUCUGCCGUUGGUCAUUCAGACCGCUUACGGAGGCCUUGAAAGAGCUGGCCUCUCUCGUGGCAAGUCCGUCCUUAUCUUGGGUGGCGCUGGUGGCGUCGGCACAAUCACGAUACGGCUAGCUAAGGAAGUUUUUGGUGCAUCAAGAGUAGCUGCUACAUCCAGCGCUGGGAAGCUAGAUUUGUUGAAGAGUUUGGGUGCUGAUCUGGCCAUUGACUACACCAAAGUCAACUUUGAAGACCUCCCAGAAAAGUUUGAUGUUGUCUAUGAUGCAGUUGGGCCAAGUGAGCGGGCAGUGAAGGCUGUGAAGCCAGGAGGGAGCGUGGUGACGAUUGUUGAUCAUGGGAGGGAAUUACCUCCGCCCGCUUUCUCUUUCAUUGGAACUUCAGACCGUUCGACCUUGGAGAAGGUGAAGCCCUUCUUGGAGAGCGGGAAGGUGAAGCCGGUGAUCAAUCCCAAGAGCCCGUUCCCAUUCGCGCAGGUUGUCGAGGCCUUCUCGUAUCUUCAAACCGGGCGGGCAACCGGGAAAGUCGUGAUCCACCCCGUCCCAUGAAAUACACACACAAAGAAACUGAGCUGUCCACAUAGAUCGGUCCUAAUCGCGAGUCCUUGAUCAGUAGUCGAUGGUGUUUGCUUUUGGUCUG